CACUAUUACAGAAAGAUGGACAAACCGGCGAAUGAGCAAAGAGACGACAGAGAGUGGAAGGUGCUAAGGGCUCUUGCAAACAACAACUUCAUCCAUUUUGUUGAGCCAUGUAUAAUAGAGUGCCAUGAUGAUCCUGCAGUCAAGGACAACGAUGCGGAUGCUGAGCAUAAUAGAGACGACAGCACAAGUGGAGUGGAUUGGUGCAACGAGUGCAUGGGUGCAGCAGCUGCUGCUAAUGAUCGAACGGAAGUUCAAUAAAAUUACAUGCAUCUGCAGCAGGCUGAUCUACCACAGCAAUGAUAUCGCACCCAAGCUGUUCCCAAAAAGCAUCGAUUGGAACCUUAGGGCAAUGUUUUGCUGCAUUCGGCAUGCAGUUUUUUUUUUUUUUUUUUUUUUUUUCCCAAUGUGGUGUGUUUAACACCACACAUUCGUUGAAUGUCAUUUUUUAUUCAGAACUUUAUCUGAUUGCAAUCCAGUACCUUUCACACUGAGUAAAUGUCGCAACCUUGU